UCCAAGCCCACCACAGCAGACAGUUGAUUUGGUCAUCAACUUUCCUGAUCUACUUCAACAGCUGAAAGUCUAAACUUGUAGCCACUCAGCUGUGCAGCAACUCAUAGUGAGUGGGGAAACCGGGACUUGAAAGUAGGACAGGAGCAGUCUGGCCCCCUUCCCUUCGAACCAGAGGCACAGACUCGUGACAAGUGAAGACACGGCACCAGUCUUAGGGAAAGGAGAGGAGAUUUUUCUGGGACGAUUGCUGCAGUCAUUGACAGACCCGUGUGUCCCCAUUGCAGAAAAUCCAUUUAUAAAGAGUUCUUUUCUUUUGAAAUUAAGGAGGAACAUUCACUGAACAGAAAUAAUCACCACCUGAAAACAUGCACAAGAGCACCAAGAUAAAGAUUGCCAUCUUUGUGCUGCUGGUGGGCAUGGCUUGCACAUUCACAGCCGUGGUAACGGACCACUGGGCAGUGUUGAGCCCACGGGUGGACAAAGUCAAUGAGACCUGCGAGGCAGCUCACUUUGGCCUGUGGCGACUGUGCAAGAAGCAGAUUUUCAUGGGCGUGGAUAACUUUGUGGAGGGACGAGGCUGCGGACCCAUGAGUCGGGCUGAAGCGGGAAACUGCACUUACUUCGGGCACUUCACUCCAGGGCAGGAGAGUGAGAUAUUUGAAUAUAAAACACAAAAAGAGUACAACAUCUCUGCUGCUGCCAUCUCCAUCUUCUGUCUGGGCUUUAUAAUACUGGGGUGUCUCUGUUUGGUGGGAUCGUGUACUGGCAAGGGCAAAGGAAGAGACUACCUCCUCAAACCAGCUGGCAUGUUCUUUGCAUUUGCAGGUCUGUGCAUGUUUGUCUCACUGGAGGUGAUGCGUCAGUCCGUCAAGCGAAUGAUUGAGAGUGAGGAUACAAUCUGGAUCGAAUACUACUACUCCUGGUCCUUUGCUUGUGCGUGCUCCGGCUUUGUCAUCCUCUUCCUCACUGGCAUUGCCCUCCUGCUCCUAUCCAUGCCCCAUAUGCCCAGGAAUCCAUGGGAGACUUGCAUGGAUGCUGAGCCGGAUCAAGUAGAGUGAUGGCCGCACAGACUUACUAACGCGGGAGCAGAGCGACUGUGCCUUUUUAUGGCCGGCAGGCAGACGACACGAUGACAGAGUCUGGCUCUGGUGAGGAUGGACAAUAACCAUGAUGGAAAAAUGUUACCUCCCAACACUUACACAACAACCUGAAUAUUGUCCUUUGGUUGGAGUUUUAAAUGUUUACUUUGUCCUGCAUACCCACACGGAGCGUCAUAUAGACAAUUCCAAUAUUCGCCACCUUCCUGCGUCUGAUUCACGGUGGAGAACCAGCGCUCAGAUGUGACUUGUGGCGUUAAUCACAUUGUAUCACAGACCUGGGCGAAAUGGUACUACACCUGAAACGGCCCUUUGUGUUGCUCCCCUUUGCUCCUUAUUCUUAACCACUUAUUUUUUAUCAUCUGAAAAAACCAAAGACGUUUGACUGAUUUCCGUGUUUUGUGUCCAUAGUUAACGUUAACCCAAGUUUAAUGGAAGUGCUGUUUUAUGUUUGAUAUGUACAUGAUUUCUUUGUGUGUGCCAUGGAGCCGUGGAGUCACCUAUCAGAAGGAAGACAGAAGAAAACAGGUCGAAUUGAAAAUCUCUUUUAGUUCAUUCAUUUAGUACCCAAAUAGAUAAAUAUCCAAUUAAAAUAGAACUUUGAGAGCAAAACAGUAGCACGGAGCAGGUGUGUGUGUAUGUGGCAGGCUGAAUGCUAAACACCCACAGUCACAGCACAGCACUGAUGGUGCUGGAAAAGGUUCAGUUCCAGUUCGUGCACAGAGGCGGCCUUUUACUUCAUGUUGACAGCUGUAAAAAAUCUGAUUACAAACAUUUCUCUGUUCAUUGUCACAGAUUGUUGUGUGUACAUAUUACUGUGUAUGAGUAUGGAUCAAAUGUACAAAAAAAGGACAAAGCUUAAAAACCCACAAGGUCAUCAUCUGUAAGCAACAAGCUGUGACCUCGAGACUCACCAACAAUCACAAAGUGCCAGCUCAGCCUUUAAACCAGGGGUGUCAAACUCACUUUAGUUCAGGGGUCUCAUACAACGCAAUUUGAUCUCAAGUGGGCCAGACCAGUAAAAUAAUGGCAUAAAAUAACCGAUAAACAACAAGAGUGCAAUUUACCAUUUACACAACGUACAGAACACAGUGGCUCUGCAAAGGCACAACACAUUUAGUCACAGGUAUCUGAAAAGUCACAUUAUGAGCAGAAUGUAAUCAUGAUGUGAAAUUUUAACAAAUUCACUGCCGCAUGUUUGACACCCCUGCUUUAAACAAACUUACGCCAAUUGAGAAAAAUGAAUAAAAUAAAGGAAAAGCAACAAAAAUAAACAUAUUAACCCAUUGUAAAAUGUACAGUAACCCUAACCCGGAUUUGAAUACUAACUGCCAUCAGUCAUUUUGUCGUUUUGACUUUCUUUUGCAUGUAACGGUCUACAGAAUGAAUGGCCAUGCUGGUAAGCUACAGCUUUAAAAAUGUGGACCAGUGCUGCAAGGCUAAGCUCAAAUCACUUAGGUCCAGCUGGGUUUGAGAAGCAGGACAACUUCGGCGAGGCCUCAGCUACAUUUUGUCCAAAGGUGGCGUGCGGCAUCACAACAAAGAAGAACACAACGCUAUGAAUUAAAAGAAAAACACUGCGUCAUUCUGGUUAUUUGAAAUACAUUCUGGUCAAAAUUGCAAGACAUUUAGGUAAACAAAUUACAGAAAAAAUCCCUGUACGAUGCUGCGGUUGUAUUUAACCGUCACUCAAUCGGACCAAAUGAUUUGACUUUGCCUUGCAUCACCCAUAAUAAGUGCUACUAUGUAUACAUACUGUAUAUACCAUGUAUACAUAUGCAUUAUACACCGUGUAUGUUAGUAAUUGACAGCAGUUGAUGUGUUUGACCCGCCUGUGUAAAGCUGUUGUGUUUAGAGAAUGAAUUGCACAGUUGUCGGUUGAGCAGCUGCAGUCAUCCAUGCUAAUUCAUUAUGAUUUAUUUAUAAACAUGUCUUUUUUCUCAACUGUGACUUUGGUGAUAUUUUGACUGAAAAACAAAAACAAACAUUUAUAGUAAAAGUAUAGUAUUGGCAAACGCUGACGUGAGCUUACUGUAUUCUUUGUUGCGAGUUUUUUUUGGCUUUUUUCGUUGCACUUAGCAUGAAAUCAAACAGAAAUCGAAGUUAGCGUAGAUUGUGUGUGUGAGAGUGUUUGUGAUGAACAUUAAAAGUUGAUUCAGAAAACA